AGAAAGAAGAGCGCGAUUUCUUGGUCAACAUGGCAGGAUGCGAGUGGGGUAGAGACUGCUGGGGAGAGAUGUACAAUUUCCGGCAAUUGAGCAACAGGCUCAAUCGAAAUCCAUGGGAGAAGUUCAAAGACUUCAUCAGCGAGUCAUGGAACGAAAGGAAGAAGAAAGAGAAGUCGAAACGAAAUCAAGCGGGUAUGGAGCAACAGCAGAAAGGGAAGCAAGAGGCGGAGAAAAAGAAGCAAUGAGCCUGGAAUUGAGCAGAGCUGGGAGUCAAACCGCCAGCCCACUUAUGAAAUCGACUGGACUUGCUUCUAGCUUCCGACGCCCGCGAUCUAUUGAUUCUGAUGAACACUACUUCUGGAUACGUUCAAGCGAGUUUUGCAUACCAUGACAAUGCAGCACAUACUGCACUUCAAUGCACGCAGAAGAGGACAUGCCAUUUGGCAUUCUGCAUGGCGUUUUCGAGGCGUUCCGGACGCCGCCUUGGCUUGGGCUUGAUGUGCAACAUUUUCCGUGACGGCAUUUUCCAAGCAAGCCAUCUGAGCGACUUUUCACUUCAGGCAGCGAUGGGCCCCGAUGGUGGCUGGAAAAGGUGUUGGCUUGUAUGGACGGGUCAUCAAAGGCGAGAUAGCGGUACGACCUGGGUGAGACAGCUCGGUAAACGAUGUGACGUCUGCUGGUCCAUCAAUCAUCCACUCGGUAGAGAUAUAGACUUCAUGUGAUACCAGAAACUUGUAUGUUGCUACUGACAGACCUUCCCUGGAUGUGUUGAGGCCAUACUUGGCCCAUAUGUACAACACUGAAUAUCAAAGCGUGACCGCUGGUCUCGCGAUACUUCCAUUAUUAAGAACCCUGAUCCUGUGUCCACGCAGAAUCAUGCGAGCCACGCCUAUCGUUAUGCGUGAGACAAUAAAUGCCAUGAAUAUAAGGCUGCGCUCGUCAAUCCCGACUAUUUGACCGCCGAAUCAUUGAGGAUUAGUCGCGGCACCUUUCUAUGCCUGUCGUUUCCAUCCGCUUCUGCGCCAUCUAUCUCGCUGUAAUGCUCCCGAGUACUGAUACCCCCGAUAUGAUCCAUUCCAGUAAUGCCUGGCACAAACCCACCAACGCCUCGUUGCAUGUCCUUAAGCAGGCGAUCCUCGGCUUCGCGGUUUCGGUUCCUUUGGUCUGGGUUCGGCUGCCCGGCCGCGUCUUCUCUGCCUGUACUCCUUGCCUCAUUCUCUUGAGCAGUCGGCGUUCGUCGUUGACGCAGCUCAUCCCAACAUUCUUGCAGCUCAAGCUCGACGGUCAUCCGAAUCCUUAGAGCGCAGAUCGAAGGCCAUACGGCUCGUUCGCCUUUCAGUAGCCAUGUAUCGAUUAGGUCCUGCUUGGGAUUCUGGAGCAACCGAGGCCAAUCUCUGAAUGUUAUCUCAGGCACCAAUGUAAUAUUGUUUCCAGUGCCAAUUGUUUCGUCGCUGAGAAUCCGAUGUAAUCUCUCUGGGAGGACAUUGAGGAAGUCCAGUGAGACAAGCAAUGCACGUAUCCACAGUCCAACCACAUGGGG